AUGUCACCUCCCAGCUGGCGUUAUUCUUUGUGCACCUUGGUGCGCACGAAAGCUCGGAGAAAAGCAAGGCUCCCCAAUCGAAUUCCCGUACGACCCGGGUCCAGGUGCUUGGGGCUCAGAAGGCGGCGAGACAGCAGCAAUAAACAACGUGGUGUCCUGGUCGACGGAUGA